CCGGCCGGAAGCGGAAGUAGGGGACGAGGCAGUUCCGUUUUCUCUCCCAGUCUCUUUCGGGCUCCCCAUGGCGCCGCGGAGCUCCCGUCAGACGGGCUCGCACAAGGCGCGCUCCCUGGCCCGCCAGUGGAAAGCGAAGCGGCGGCGCCGGGACCUGGACCAGAUCCACGGGGACCUGCGGCCGGACAACGCGGCCCGGCUGCUGCACCAGGAGCCGGACCCCGACAUGCCCGGGAGCGCGCAGCACUACUGCCUGCACUGCGCGCGAUACUUUGUAGAUUUGAAUAGCAUGAAGGAACAUUUCAAAUCUAAAGUUCACAAAAGAAGACUGAAGCAGCUGAGUGAGGAGCCUUAUACCCAGGAGGAGGCAGAGAGAGCAGCUGGGAUGGGAUCCUACAUUCCUCCAAAGAAGAUAGAAGUACAGACUCAACCGCUGGAGAUGGAGGAAUCUGGCUGAAUAGGGAGGCUGAGAGAUUGUUCUCUGAUCCAUUAGAAAGUGCCCUUGAUUAAAGCCCCACUUUGUGGCAGCUUCUUUUCUGAGUUCAGCAAGUGUCAUUAAAAACACUCCCCCUGCAACAAGGCAUAAAAACUCUCAGCUGUUCUCAUUAAUUCUUCAGCAAGAGCACUGGCCAGUGGAGACCUUUGGACCCUCUUGCUUUGGCAGAUAUUGUGCGUUAUGUUCUCAUUGGCAACAUGGACAUACAGUGCAGCCAGAGGUCCAGGGAAAAGAUGAGCGAUGUCCUGCUGUGAUAUUGACCUGAUUGUUACAGCCUUUUCUCUUUGUGUUGGUAUUUUAAGCAGUGGAUGCAGCUCUUGGCUCAGAGUGUGGCCUCUGUAAUCACCCAUCAAACUAUUUUAAUAAACAAGCUGGCAGCUGCUGAAUGA